AUGGCAGCCGCAGGAUUGAUCCGAAGCCAGCGAGCGUUACACGGGCGUAUCUCGCGCACCGUGGAUAAUCUGAAGAAACUCGGCCAGGCGAAUAUCACGACGGGAGCCGUCGAAGCUCGUUUGGCAGGGUUGGAGAAGUACUGGUCGACCUUUGAGAGCCAGCACGAAACACUCCUACGAGAACACUGGGAUGCCCUUAGUGAGGACGAUUACGUAACCGGAGAUCUCAUCUCGGUAGUCGAGGAGACGUAUUACGUCAACAAGGGCAUCCUGAACGAUUUCGCCGCUCAGGCAGCGCGCUCCGGAGAAGCGAGUACCUCAUCGACGACCACGGUUACCGUCAGCGAGGGAACCUCGCACAGGACGACCUUACCGCGUAUCCAGCUACCGCAGUUCUCCGGAAAAUAUAGUGAGUGGAACUCCUUUCGAGACCUUUUCCUCUCGAUCAUGAGACAGGAUGCCUCGACCUCAUCGGUGGAGAAACUUCACUAUCUUAAGACGUGCCUCAAGGGUGAGGCUGCAUUACUCAUUCGCAACGUGCCGACGACGGCGGAGAACUUCGAGCGCGCUUGGAACACUCUGGUACGACGAUUUGAAAACAAGCGGCUACUGGUACGUUCUUUUCUAAGCGAGUUUCUCGCGCUGCAUCGAAUAAAGGGUGAGUCAGCCUCAGAACUGAGUAAUCUGUACAAUCGCGUUCGAAGCACGGUGGAUUCGCUCGAGAGUAUCGGACGACCGGUCACCAGUUCGGAAGAUUUCUUUGUGCAUUCCAUUGUUGAAUUGCUCGACCCGCAUUCGCGACGCGAGUGGGAAAAUUCUAUAAACGACUCGACCGACCCACCGUCAUACAUCGAGCUGCAGCGGUUCAUCGAACGCCGGCUGCAGACUCUCGAGGCGUUGCAACCUUCAAAAUCGGAAACCGUCGGUACCAAGACGGGUUCGACCGCAGCCCGUCAAUCGCGAACGCUGCAUACGCGGCAGCAAGAAGUUAAACGCGGCCGCUGUUCCAUGUGUCGUCAGGAUCAUUUUACGAUGGCCUGCGACACGUAUAAGUCCAAGACCGCCGUCGAACGGAAGAAACUCGUCGAAGCGAAAGAUUUGUGCGUCAAUUGCCUCGGCCGGCACAAGGUCAGCGAGUGCGCCUCGACGAAACGCUGCGCUUCCUGUAACGAGCAACAUCAUUCGACGUUGCAUGACGCUUUCCGCGAGAGUGAGGCUGCACUCACAACUGUACAACACGCGCGUCAUCCGCCCGAGAGACCGCUUACGCGGCUCCUUGCUACCGCGCGCGUCCGCGUUGCCGAUCGAUUCGGCUACCUUCACGUUUUCCGCGCGCUCAUUGACCAGGGCUCCGAGUCAUGUCUCGUUACGGAGGCGCUAGUUCAACGUUUGCAACUGCCGCGAACUCGGGCUUCCGUAGCCAUAUACGGAGUCGGCGGAGUACAAACGGGAAGCGCUCGAGGUCUCGUCACACUGCAAGUCUCCCCGCUGGGAAAGGGGCCCACGCUGUCCGUUCCUGCGUUGGUUUUCCCUCAACUCAGCAUCUACGAGGGAACUGUGGAAGCAAGUACCAAAACCUGGAAUCAUUUGCGCGGUCUGGAGCUUGCGGAUCCGGAAUUCUUGGCGACCGAUCCCGUCGACCUCUUGCUGGGAGUGGACUUCAUUGCCCUUACUCUUCUCGAAGGAGUGCGUAGAGGGGGACCCCAAGAGCCUGUGGCGCAGCAAACGACCUUCGGUUGGAUGUUGUUCGGGCCUACCGGCCAAGCUGAGCCCGCGUGCCGCGUUGCCGCCAAUACUUGCCGGGUGGAGGAGGAUCUGACCGCUCUUGUUCGCAACUUUUGGAAACAAGAAGAGCUUCUCUCUACUACGCCUCCGCUUUCCCAAGAAGACCGUCAGUGCGAGGAGAUGUUUCGCCUGACUCACACUCGCACGGAGGAAGGACGCUAUGUUGUCCGACUUCCCACCAAGGAACCGCUACCGGACUUCACCGCUACGCGCAUUUCGGCCUUGCGCGUGCUUAAGAGCAUGGAGAGACGGUUCGCCCGAGAAGAACGUUUCCACCAUCUCUACCGAGACUUCUUGACGCAAUACCGAGAGCUGGGUCACAUGUCCCGCGUUGUCCAGGAGGAGGGAACAAACCGAGUUAUAAAUUAUCUUCCUCAUCACGGAGUCAUGAGAGAGGCGAGUACGACAACGAAACUACGCGUCGUAUUCAAUGGCUCAACCCCCACUCCUGCUGGUCGCACGCUUAACCAGUGCUUAAUGACCGGUCCGAAUCUAUUGCCACCGCUGCCGGAAAUUAUUCUACGCUGGCGGCAACACCGCUACGUCCUAGCCACGGACGUAGAAAAGAUGUUUCGGCAGAUCGUCGUUCAUCCGGACGACCGCGAUCUGCAGCGCAUCCUCUGGCGUGAUGUGGCGACGGACGACAUCGCUGAGUACCGUCUCGAUACUGUUACGUACGGCCUCGCCUGCGCUCCCUACCUGGCCAUGCGCACCUUACACCAGCUGGCCGACGACGAACGCGAACGUUACCCCCGCGGAGCUGCCGUCUUGGAACGAGACGUCUACAUGGACGAUGUGCUCACCGGCGCCGCUACCCUUGAGGAGGCCUUGGAACUCCGUCGCCAGCUGACCGAUCUUUGCACGGCGGGCGGCUUCCCGCUACGAAAAUGGUCGGCCAAUGACUUUUCGCUGUUGGACGGUGUGCCAGCUGACCACCGGAUGAAACGGGAGCUCCGCGAUUGGCAUCCUCAAGAGGCUCACUCCGCCCUUGGUUUACAAUGGCACCCAAGAACCGAUGACUUUUCGUUCUCGACCCAGCAGAUCUCUAUAGCAGGAUUCACCAAGCGCUCCGUGUUGUCGCUCACUGCCCGGUUGUUCGACCCCCUCGGAUGGCUGGCCCCGACGGUGGUGAGUGCCAAAAUCGCCUUCCAGAGCACCUGGCUGCUGCAGUUGGGCUGGGAUGACACUCUGGACGAGGACUCCGCGAAAUUUUGGCAGCGAUUCCGAGACGAGCUGCCGCAGUUGGAGACGAUUCGAGUGCCACGCUGGAUCGGCGUUCUCAAUACCAGUCUAGAGGUGGAGUUACACGGUUUCGCCGACGCUUCCGAGCGAGCCUACGCCUCUGUCGUCUACCUGCGAUCCUCGGAGGAGGGGUCGUGGAGGGUUACACUUCUUGCAGCCAAGACGAAGGUCGCCCCAAUUAAACCGGUCACGCUACCUCGUCUCGAGCUUUGUGCUGCAGCUCUCCUGGCGCGACUCAUUUCCCAGCAGAGAAGAGCGCUUGGUCUUGAGCGAGCCCCUCUUCAUUGCUGGUCGGACUCCACGGUGACGUUGGGAUGGAUCCAAGGACAUCCGUCUCGCUGGAAGACCUACGUCGCCAACCGAGUAGCUGAAAUACAGACCACAGCUCCGGACGCGCUGUGGCAUCACAUCCCAGGUCAGGAAAAUCCAGCGGAUUGCGCAUCCAGAGGUCUACUACCCGGUGAUCUUGUGAAGCAUGAACUCUGGUGGCGAGGACCUGCUUGGCUGUGGCUCGGGACAUCGGCCUGGCCUUUAAAGACCGGAUGUUUGGACACGACCAAGCUACCUGAUGCGCGGACUCGUGCUCAUGCUGCCGUCACAACCACACUGACUGACGAGGAGCCAGCCGAACUCCUGCGAUUCUCGUCACUCAAUCGACUACUGCGCGUGACCGCCUGGUGCCGACGUUGGCUGCGAUUUCGUGGUGGACGCUCCUCCGUGGACAGAACCGUCGAGCCCUGUUUAACGAUGGACGAGCUAGACGAGUCGCGGCUGCAAUGGAUCCCGAGAGUGCAGACUCAGACAUUCCGGAAGGACCUGGAGGCGCUUCGACAGAGCCAGUCUCCGCGGCCUUCGACCUCCUUAAUUAAAUUAAAUCCAAUUACAGAUUCUCGCGGCCUUCUUAGAGUGGGAGGUCGUCUGAAACAUAGCCUGUUAGAUCCUGAGGAACGUCAUCCGAUCAUUCUGCCAGCCGACUCGCACUUCACUCUGCUGAUCGUCGAAGACUGCCAUCGAAGAUCCUUACACGGCGGAGUGCAGCUGACCCUGAGUUUGUUGCGUCAGCGUUAUUGGGUUCUGCGAGGUCGCGCCCUGACGAAACGUGUAAUUCACCGUUGCGUGAGAUGCGUGCGUUGGAGGGCGGCACCGGCUCCACAACAGAUGGGUGACCUUCCUCAAGAGCGGGUGAGACCCUUUCGUCCAUUCCUCAACACCGGCAUCGACUACGCUGGACCUGUACAAUUGCGAACAACCAAGGGGCGAGGUCAUCGUUCGUACAAGGCGUACGUCGCGGUGUUUGUGUGCCUGAGCACACGCGCCGUUCAUCUGGAGGUCGUGUCGGACUAUACGACGGAAGCCUUUCUAGCCGCCUUACGACGAUUCGUCUCCCGACGCGGCUUAUGCCGUACCUUGUGGAGCGACCGCGGCACCACCUUUGUCGGAGCAGAUGCCCGCUUGCGCGAGCUUUUUUCAGAAUAUGGAUCUGAGCGACGGCGACUUAACGACGUCCUCACGGCGGAGGGAAUCCGAUGGCGGUUCAACCCGCCGUCAGCUCCACAUUUCGGCGGCAUCUGGGAAGCUGCCGUUAAAUCUUUCAAGCAUCAUCUGCGGCGCGUCCUGGGGAAUGCGACUUUAACAUUCGAGGAGAUGACGACCCUGCUGGCGCAGAUCGAAGCCUGUCUUAACUCACGACCUCUGCAGUCUCUCUCCGACGAUCCAGAGGAUCUCACCGCUCUGACGCCCGGACACUUCCUGAUGGGAGAUGUCCCCAUUGUAGUGCCGGAACCAUCGCUCACCGACGUUCCAGUGAAUCGUCUCACCCGGUGGCAGCUUGUGCAGAGUAUGCGGGACCACUUCUGGGCACGCUGGGCCCAGGAAUACCUCCAUUCGCUCACUCAGCGACCGAAAUGGCUGAAGAAGGAGUCCAGAUAUGAAGUCGGACGGCUGUGUCUCAUCCGACAGGAGAAUAGCGCCCCGGCUCACUGGCCACUGGCCAGAAUUAUUCGAGUGCAUCCUGGCCGGGAUGGACUGAUCCGCGUUGUCGCGGUGCGGACUGUCGCGAUCGAGAAUGGCCGGGUCGUUCGUAAGGACUUCACGCGGCCUAUUACGAAAAUCAUUCUUCUGCCAGUCAGUCAUGCCGAAGAGAUUGAUAAGGAGGACGCCGCGCAAGGGGAUACGCCCCCCACAGAAAACGCUUAA